GUUAUCUGUAUCUCCGUCACAGGAGAUAAGUCCAAAAAAAGUAGUCCUACUGUUUUAGUUUUAAUCGAUGGGAUUUGCUUGUAUGUAAUGUCUGAGCUAGUAUGGCUGCCUUCAGGGUGGAAACAGGGUGCUAUCGACCUCUGUGCCUAUUAAUUUUGAAAGAGCAAUGCCCAAUGGAUCAACUCCAACACUGGACCAAUCAAUGGGCAUCUGAUCUCAGAGUGUCCUCCAGUGUGACCAUGCUCUCCACAGCAGUCACCAUAUCAACCAUGGAUUCUUCGUCCCAGGAUGUGGAGGACACUGAAGCCUCCACACCGCUGCACCAUCUGCAGGAUGGGGAGUCCCCUGGCUGUCAGGGCGCUCCAGCUCCAUCCUGCUGGCUGCUCUACUCUAAGCCCAUCAUGGCCAUUGUUGUUGGCACACUGCUGUUUGGUGCGGGCACAGCCCUAUCCCUGCUCUACUUCACCCAGGUGGGCCAUGUCCCCUACCUGCUUGGGCCGCUGUUCCUCUCUGUGGGUCUGAUGUUCCUGGUCACCGGCCUGGUCUGGAUCCCCGUGCUAAAAGAGUCUGGAGCACAAGCCGCUCACCAAGGUCAGCCAUGGUAACGGCUCCAAGUGGAGCAAUCAGACCCAGGAACUAUCUGCUUCGGAAGCACAAAGCAGUACGUACAAAAGUGUGGGGUCACACUGUGGGACAGUAUGGACUUGCAUUGUGGGAGUGUGGGCGCUCAACCCAAACCAGGGACUGAAAGUUUUUUGAGCAUUCUUAAUUUGCAUCUGUCUAGCCUGAUAAUGUAUUCAUUAUUGAAUAUAUUAGUCUAAAAAUAGUGGAAUACGCCUUUAAAGUAUCUGCUAAUGUAAAUUAUAAACUGCUGCCAGGAUGUUAAAAAACACUUAUUCCCAGGUGUCCGUGUCCUCAAUUGUAGCUCCAGCUCUGUUUGCAGUCGACCUGGAAGCUGUAAUAGAGGUUGGUAGAUAUUGCAAGCCAGUUGGCUAAAACCAUGUAGCUUCUUGUGGCUGUUAGACAGAGAUCUUUGCGUCUUUACAUUAGAAAUCUUUGCAUCUUAACAGGUUAAAAACUGACAUUAUCGUGAUUUUUCAGAAUUUGAAGCAACCAGUUUUUUUUGUGAUUUAUAAGGACCCGACUUUUUGUUUUUGUUGUUGUUAUAUCAUAGCCCUGUAUUACUGCCCUCCGCUUCUUUAUCUAUUCAACUUAAACAAUUCCCUCCCAC